CUUUUCGAUUGGGUAAAUAUAAUAAAGUUUUUAGCUUCACGACAUUCUUUUGUUCAUCCUACAAUACUUAUCAAUAUCGUGAGAUCUUUACUACUCUGAAUUAUCGAUUAUGGACCACCAAUCUACGGAUAUCCCGCCGACAGCGAGCUCAAGAAACUCUAUGCGCCUUAUCACAUGGCAGUAAGACAUAAUCUUAGGGCAUUUCCAACUUCCAGAACCAAAAGCAUUCACGCUGAAUCAGGAAUGCUACACAUUACCGAAAGACUGGAGAUUAACACAUUACGGCUGAUACCAAAGGUAUAUCUAGGCUCUAACCUGACUUUGCUCAACGACGUACGUUCGGCCACCCGUAACAAACGAACACCUAAGUUUCCAUCAACAAUACACCUAAUUCUAAAGUACGUUGAUGAACCUGAUAUUCACCUUUCACCCAAACGUUCGAAGAUUAGCAAACAUCCUCCAUGGGCUCUAGACUCUUCUGUUAUAGAAGACAAUUUGAUGAGCUGGAACAAAGCCUCCACGAACUAUGAGGUGUAUAAACAAUAGUUUAUACAACGCAAGACAGAUCUCUAUUCAGAAGGAUGAAAAUUCAUUUACAUUGAUGGGUCGAAAAAUCCCCACAACACCGCAUAUGCAGUAGUUUAUGAAAACUCGGAAAUCAUUAAAAAUGGAUUACUUUUAUCACCAUCUUCGGUUUUUACCGCAGAAACAUACGCAAUAGAAAAUGCUAUCCAAUGGACCACGUCUUCUAAAGCAUAAAUUAAAAGCGGCCUGGUAUACUUACGACAACCGUUACCGGCUCGUAAGUCCCAAACAAAGAAAAGCAGUAUACACCUCUACAUGCAGCAUCCCGGAGAUCAAAAUAUUCACACGACUCAGUUUAGGACACACCAUCUUAACGCACCAACAUGUUCUGGACCGCAACAUAACGCCUGGCUGCCGCCUAAGCAACAGUCCAACAAAUUCUGUAGAACACUUAUUGAACAUAUGUAUUACCUUUCGUAAUAUACAACGAGACUAUGUGGAGUCUUCUCCUUCGAAACUCUUCAAAAAACCGUCAACUGCCAACAUAAAAGAAAUCUACAACUUUAUCUCCAGAGCCCAACUAAAGCAUCUCAUCUAAAACUAGCAUAAUAAAAUCUUGCCACAAUUUUCCUAUACUAACAUAUAUUGCUACCCCUUGAUUCUAAGCAUAAGCAUUGACAUUAGUACAAUAUUUAAGUACAACUAUAAAUAUUAAUAUACAUACAUAUUCAUAAGUAAAAUCUCAUACAAAAAAGUACUAGUAAAAUUAAGCCCAUAGCUGAAGGCCUUGUCGCUAGUGCUGUUAUA